AUGCUUGCAUCGGUACCGAAUCCUCGUGAAGUCUUCCAAAACGAUGAAUUCCUUGUGCAACUCUCCCAGCAAUCAAAUGUCCGAUUUUCGCAAUCUGAGCAUGCACCCGUCGAGGAACGGAGAGAAAGAUUUCGAGAAGCCAUCGCACAGCGGAAACUUCCUUUGGUCAAAAUGCUUGCAUCGGUACCGAAUCCUCGUGAAGUCUUCCAAAACGAUGAAUUCCUUGUGCAACUCUCCCAGCAAUCAAAUGUCCGAUUUUCGCAAUCUGAGCAUGCACCCGUCGAGGAACGGAGAGAAAGAUUUCGAGAAGCCAUCGCACAGCGGAAACUUCCUUUGGUCAGUAAGGGCGUCUUGUUCUAUCUUGCUGUUUUGUCUAUUUUCGCAUUUUAUUAUUCCAUUUAG